UUCUGCACCUGAACCCUGCCAGCUAGUUAUUAUAAGAACUGCUGAAGGAUUGGGGUCGGUAUUUAAAAUACUUUGUUCUUCCCCUGGUGCCCGGGUCCCGCGCCCCCUUUUCCCUGCGCAGGCUUCCGUCUCCCACAAAGACAACCUGCCGAAAACGCUUGAGCGUGAGGCCGCCGCGCGCCCCGUCACGUGACGCUCCCAGCGUCGCUCCGGCCGAGGAGCGGGAAAGGCGGCGGGUUGGCCGCCAUUUUUUUUCUCCCUCGAGGGACGAUGCGGCGUAGGCUUCGCCCCGCGCUCUCACUGGCUCUGCUCGUGCUGCUGUAUGGACCACCGCCAGGAGCCCGACCCUCCGGGGUCCCUACACACGGUUGUGGAACAAGGCCUCUUAUAGAUGAGAAAAAAACUGGGACUCAGAUAGUAGGUGAUAAUGAGGCUCAGCUCGGGUCAUGGCCAUGGCUUGUUAGUCUUCAAAUUUACCGUGUUUUUCAAGGCGGGUAUCGUCAUAGAUGUUGUGGAUCUUUAAUUAGUAACGACUUAGUAUUGACAGCAGCACACUGCAUUAAAGAAUGGGUGAACCCAGAGUACUGGAGAGUUGUGAUUGGCUUGCGUCAGCUUUAUAAACGUCAUUCUCAUACUAUAAAUCGCCGGGUGAGAGACAUUGUGGUCCAUUCUCAUUUCAAAGUGAACAGCUAUGACAAUGACAUUGCCUUAUUUGAAUUAAUAAAGUUUGUCGAAUACGAUGACUAUAUUCAGCCCAUCUGCUUACCUGACAUUCCUCUUCUAGUGACAGACAAGAACCCAUGUUAUAUAAGUGGAUGGGGGGAAAAAGAGGAGAAAGGUGAUUUGAAAUAUAUAUUACAAGAAUCUCAGGUAGACAUUAUACCACUGUACACCUGUGCCAGACAUCCCUGGUAUUCAGGGCAUGGAAUAUCAAGGGAUGUAAUUUGUGCUGACUCUGCAAGCGGACACGAAAACACCUGUCAGGGGGACAGUGGUGGACCUUUGAUGUGCUAUUUCCCAAAUGUUUCCAAAUAUUAUUUGAUAGGAAUCACCAUCUCAAGCGUUAGCUGUGGCCAGCAAAAGUAUCCAGGAAUCUAUCUUGCUACAAGUCAUUUUUCAGACUGGAUAGUUUCACAUCUAAGUGGUAAAACCAGCAAUGUGAACAUUAAGUGUGUCCUGAUCUUUUUGACUGUGAAGUGGGUAAUCUUUCACCUUGUUCUAAAAAGCCUCGCGCGCGGCCGCUCCCUGCCAAUCAUGUGCCGUUUAUGUGACGUCAGGGGGCGGGGAAAGAGCCGCCCGCCGUUUUUCUUGACGAUGCCGCGGCGGCGGCGGCUCCUCUCUCGCCCCUCAGCCGCUUCCUUGGUGGCGGCGCUAGUGCUGCUGUGCGAGGCUCCGCCGGGGGUCCAGCCCUCUGUCAUCCCUACGAAAGCUUGUGGAACAAGGCCUAUUGUGGAUGAGAUACCAGCAGGGUCUCGGAUUGUAGGUGGACAUGAUGCUCAACUUGGAGCAUGGCCUUGGCAAGUCAGUCUUCAAGUUUUCCACUUUGGCAUAGGAUAUCAGCACAUGUGUGGUGGAUCUUUAAUUAACCACAACUCAGUGCUGACAGCAGCACACUGCAUUAAAGAGUGGACGUUCCCCGAGUUUUGGAAGGCUGUGUUGGGACUGCAUCAUCUUUAUAGGUACCAGCCUUAUACUGUGAAGAGCCGGAUCAGGGCUAUCAUUAUGCACUCCGAUUUCCAGGAGAAAACCUUUGAAAAUGAUCUUGCCUUGUUUAAAUUAAUGGACUCUAUCAGAUUCAAUGAUUAUAUUCAGCCCAUCUGCUUACCUGAGGCUCCGCUUCUUAUGACCAAUGAGACUUCAUGUUAUAUAAGUGGUUGGGGGAAAACGCUGGAGAGAGGUGGAAAAAGACGUGUAUUACAAGAAGCCGAAGUAGACAUUAUUCCAAUGCAGCUCUGCAAUAGGAAUGACUGGUAUGGAGGGGCACUCAAAAAAGAAGACAUGCUUUGUGCUGGCUCUGAAAGUGGAGGUGUUGACACUUGUCAGGGAGACAGUGGUGGACCACUUAUGUGCUAUUUCCCAGAUGCCACCAAAUAUUACCUGAUAGGAGUCACAAGCUUUGGCCUUGGCUGUGGCCGACCAACAUUUCCAGGAGUCUAUAUACGUACAGCUCGUUUCAGGAGCUGGAUACAAUCGCAAGCUAUUUUAUUUGACAGAACCAUCACUAUGACCAUUCCAUGUAUUCUCAUCUUUUUAACUGUGGGAUGGGUAAUCAUCCACAGUGUUCUAUAAAGAAGCAAAUUAUCUUAUUG